AUGGCGGACCACUUUGGCAACGGAAGCGCGGAGCCCGCCACCGCCACCAAUACUCUCAGCGAACCCGAAGAGGUGCUGCUGCCCAAGAUCACCAGCGCUCUCGAGCUGAUCUACAACCCCCAGUCCACGAACCAGGCUCGCCAGGAGGCUCAAAAGCACCUCGAAGUUGUCAAGGACGCUGUACAGGCGCCGUCCGUGGGCUUCACCCUUGCCGCCAACCCGUCGAACUCGUCGGUGGUCCGGCAUUUCGGCUUGUCGAUGCUUGAACACUCCAUUAAGCACAAGUGGGCCCUCUUUUCAGCCGACCAGGCAGCCUGGAUUCGCCGAUGGGUGCUGCAGCUCGCAGAGAAUGUGUCCCGAACCGAUGCGUCGUACUUGCGCAACAAAAUCGGUCUGCUGUGGGUCGAAGUGGCCAAACGGUCCUGGGCAGGAGAAUGGAUGGAUAUGGACACCCAGAUGCUGAGCCUUUGGCAAGCCAAACAGGGAGGCGACAAUGUCCACAGGGAGCUCGUCCUCUAUAUUUUGGAGACGCUGUCCGAUGAGGUAUUCAACGGCGACGAUGCCGUCGUAGCGCUGCGCGAGGGUGUGCUGAGCAAAUCCUGUGUGGAUAUUUUCACGCCUGCUGCCAUUCUCAACGACUGUUUCCCGAACCGCGCCACUACGCCGAAUGUCCGAGCCGGUGAAGAGGGUUGGCUGCUGCGCGUUACAGAAUUGUUGAGUGUCUGCAACUCUGCUGAUGUCCAGUCCAACGACGAUGCCCGCUCGUGUGCCGUCCGCGCCCUUGCCGUCCUUACAUCUCUCCUGCCCUGGGCAAUCCCCAAGGCCGUCAUCGCCUGCCAGUGUGUGCCAACACUGUGUGAGAGCUUAGCCGCACCGCACGUCUCUGUCCAGAAGGCCGCACUUGAGGUGUUUCAUGCGCUUUACUCACGGAAUCACUUCACCGAAGAGGAAUUCGUCGCGUUGGUGGUACCAAUGUACGACAGUAAAUAUGUCGACCUGUACCACCGCCUAUUCGAAUGGUCCAAGGUCGACGUCGAGGAUAUCGACGAUGACAAAUACCAGUUUGCCAAAAAGUUCUCUGAGAUGCUUUCGUGUCUCGGAAACUACCUGGAUCGACGUUUCCACAACCUGCCAGCGGGCGUGGAUGUUCAACGAUUUGUCGAAUUUCUUCUUGAAGUUGUCCAGAGUCAGAGCCUCGUGGUCUCCAUCCCCGUGCUGGUGACAUGGACGCGCCUACUUGCCCAUCGGAAUGUUGGACCUCUUAUUGCAAACACGUCUCUCAUCGGCCCUCUUCUUGAGGUCUGCAGCUCAAGACUUAUCCGCUACGAGAGUCUACCGGAAGACACUCAAGAUCCCUCGUACCUCUUUCUCCUCGAAGACACGGACACCAUUCCUGAGCGCCAUGCUUUUCUCGGUAACUACCGGCGAUACAGCUCACAGAUCAUCGAGGCUAUUGUGCAACUGAAACUACUUGACGCUUUCCACCACAUAUUCGCACAGGCUGAGAAUGUCCUCCAUCAUCUGUAUGAAGAUGGCCAGGAGUUCAAAGUCGCCAAUUAUAACAAGAACUCGAUGCCAGUUCUACGCGUUGAUGCACAUUUUACUGUAGUCGAAGCCGCUUUAAAAGGCUAUAUGAAGUGGAGGUCUUCAACACAUUCGAAGGACGACCCGGCCGAGAAACAACGGCAGCGUGAGGUUCUCGAGGCCGAGUUUGAGGCCUGGUGCAACCGCAUAGCGGACCUGACGAUCGAGGACCCUUGCAUCCGAAAACGCAUUUUGCAGCUGCUGGUCGCCUUCUCUAUCACCGCUCUUGACAGCUACCCGAGUUUUAUGCUCAAAGUUCUAGAGCACAUCCUCUUGACAUGGCCCAGCCCAAAGGAGCCAGAACACCGCGCUUUCAACGAUGCAAUCAAGGAGCUCCAGUCCGAAAGCAUGGUAGAGCUACAACGCCUAGCCACGAAGCAGCCUGACCAUCUAUUGAGCGUGUACUACCAACUUGAAAGCAAGGUCAAAGAGCUGAUCGCCUCCGGAACUCUUGAUGAGAAACGGCAGGUUGCGUACCAAAGCUUUUUGUUCCUUAUCCUUCACCGCACCAGCCAAAUUGACCAUACCACGCGUGUGCAAAGACUCCGGCCCUUUCUAGAGCCUGUGAAAGCACAGUGGCAAACACCAGAGCUAGAGCGUGCCUUAUCGUCGUUUAGCAAUUUUGCGGAACUGGUCGGGCUCGAUAAGGCGCAACUAUAUAUCGCACGCAACCGCGUCGACCAAGUGGCUGAUUGGGGUUUAAUUGAACUAGAUGGAGAGGGGUUGGCACUACAGGCAGAUCUUGAGCUGCGCCAAACGCUUUUGCCACUGCGGUCGACCAAGACGUUUCUGAACGCUUCUGUAGAGCGCAUUGACCGUCACUCUGAGGCAUUUCAAGCGUCUAUUGUCUUGUGGCAAGACGCGGUGCCGCUAAUUCUGACGAGGCUUCUAGAGUUUUUGGACUAUGGCCAUGCUUCACAUAACCAAAGUAGCUGGACGCUGCUUCCAGAGGAGAUGCGAUCGUCAGUUGGUCGUCUCCUUACGGAUAGAUUUUGGCAAUCCGGCAUCUCUGAGGGAAGCAAAGACGACUUCUACGCACGAGUCAUGAAGAGGAAAGGUACAAUGGAAGGCCUUGCAUCCUCCAUUCGCUCCACUGUCCGCUACGUGCGAGAAACGGCCUACUCUAUCCUCUGCAAUCUCAGUCGGUUCAGUGUCCAGUUCUACAGUUUCGACGGCCUCCCAGAACCGCUUGCGCGAGCAUUAUUUGGCAACGCACUGUUCUUGCCUCCUCAUCAGAUUAUCGGGCUGCUGAACCUAGUUCGAUUCCUAGUGGACAACUGCCCUGUGGAGUUCCGCGGGCAGUUUCUACCGCCUUUGAUUUCUUUGUGUUUCCAGCAGACAUCAUCCAAGCUGGUACAAGAAUGGGGCCGGAUUGACCAGCAGCAAGAGAUCAAGACAGAUGGCGACGGGCUUACCGAGGAGAUGAAAGCCGAGAGUAUUUUGCGGCAGUUCGGCUACUGUGCGGUGAUCAUGAUGGCCGAUUUCUUGGAUCCUACGAGAGUGAACGUCUUGUUGCAGCAAGAUUCGUCUCCGGAGCCCGCCAACGCAGAGGCCAAAUAUCCGACUCUGCGGCGGUUUUGCCUUAUGAAUACAAGUCUGGUUGAGCCCCUGUUGGUGUUCUGCAAUCACGCUAUUCGCAUCCACGAUGGCCGUUGCUGCAGCAUCGUGCUUCGCGUCCUACGGACCAUCAUCAGCGAAUUUGUAGUGGUAGACCCUGGGUCGCCAGAAUCUUUGCCUCCGCCUGCGCUCCCAGUGCCACCUACAUCUGGGGAUGACAACGCAAACGGCAGCCGAAACCGGACAGGGUCGACAACAGGAGCGCGUGCACCGGACCCAUUCCCUGUACCAGCAGAGACAUCGGCAGCAGUCCGCGAGUACCUUUCGUCUGAGGUUUUAAAGAGCUGCAUUUUGUCGCUGCAUGAACCAUACUUUGUGGACCAACACCGAGAACUUGGCUCUCUGAUUGCGUCCAUAUUGUGCCACUACUGCCCAAUUACAGCAACACCACGGCAGGUGCUGUUAUCACUACCGAACAUGAAGGCGGGCGAUGUGGACUUUGCCAUUGAACAGAUUUGCCGGGCAGGCAUGCAAGCGCGUCAACAACGUGCACUGGUUUUGGAUCUGCUCAAGGACCUGAAAGGCGUCAGCGUCGCUGAGAUGGGUAAGCUCAGCAAGACAGGCGGGCUCAAACGCGACUCGUUCCGGCCUGCAACAAGAAAGUCAACCCAGCGCAGCAAGAUGGCGCAGGAGUUCAUGACGGCUCCGUCGACAACCGGCGGUGGCACGGCUUCCAACAACGAAGCCGGCUCACGAAUGGGUGAUGGCGGCCGUGGCAGUCCUGACCUAGAAGGGGUUGCAGGCCUCUUUAAUGUGGCGGAAUAA